UCUUCCUAUCCAACUAAACCAACCGUCUCUGAAUCGUUUGGCAAAAGAGGCACAAGUGAUGGGGAGUGACAGGGCGGCGGAGUUAGCCCCGGCAACAUUCUGCCUCUGAAGAUCUGGGCCAAAGGGAAAAAUGAAUUCUUCCCAAAGCUUCCCCUAUCCACUCUUCCCAACCGCGGAACACCUCGCCGGGAACAACAUUUCCUUCUACAUCCACGGGGACCUGGGCGAUCUGGAGAACAUUCUGCUCACCAUCCGAGAACCUGCCACCAUCGCCCUGACGGUCAUGUACAUUAUAUCUUUCGUCGUUGGGUUCAUCGGCAACGUAAUGUCCAUCAAGGUCCUGACCAGCAAGAGGAACACCAGGAUACCCGGAGUGAGCGCCACUCGCAGCUUGCUGAUCAAUCUCGCCGUGUGCGACCUGAUGGUGGUGUGUGUGUGCAUGCCCACCACUCUGGGCUACCAGAUAUACAAAGCCUGGAUCUACGGCGACUUCAUGUGCCGGGCAGCCCCUUUCACCCAGGCUGUGUCCGUCUCUGCUAGCGUCCUCAGUAUCACCGUUAUCAGCGUCAACAGGUACUACAAUGUACACAACCCGUUAAAUGCCCGAUCAUUCUUCACGUGGAGAAAAAUCUUCUGGACUAUCCUGGUGGUGUGGGUCGUGUCGUCUGGGAUCUGCAUGCCUCUGAUCUUCAUGAACAAGGUGAAAGAGAUUGAUCCCACAAUCGGGGUUCCUUUCUGCAGUGAGGUUUGGUCCCAGGUCAAACUGAAGCAAGCGUACAACUUUAUCCUCUUCUGUGCCCUGUAUGGCUUGCCCGUGCUCUUCAACCUGGUGAUCUGCUUCCUAACUUGGCGUAGACUGUGGAGCACGUCCAGCCACUUCAAGGAGUGUGACAGCAGGAACCAGACCCUUCCGGCGUCCAGGUUGAAAAUCCGCAAAAAGAUCGCCAAGAUGGUGGUGGCUUUGGUCCUCCUCUUUGCCCUCUCGUGGCUGCCCAUCUACCUGGUCGAUAUCUGGGUGGAUUUCAACUCCGAGGUCGCUUCGAAGGACGGCGGGGCAUCGUCGGUGUGGAUCAUGCACUUCCGACCAUUCGCCCAGUGGCUCAGCCUCACCAAUUCCUCCCUCAACCCGAUUUGCUAUUGUUUCGUCGGGGAUCUGUACAGGUCGGCCAAGGAGAUCAAAAGUAAAUACAGAAGAACACUGGUUUCUCUCUUCAACUAUUCCUUAUCCGAAGGGUCCACGAGGUCGACCAUCCCCAAACUACUUUCCUACAAGGAGUCUUGUCGGAUAUCCACAAAGGAAGUCAACUUUGUCGAGUCCAAGGAGAGGAAGGUGAAGGACUGCCGUGCACCCCAGGGCAUUUCCGAGACUUCACUGAGUACAUGCCACCCUCUUCCAAAACUUACUGUUGGCAUGGACAAAAAUGACCCAAGCAACAACAAAUAGAUAAUCUGCUAUGUAGAGAUUGACAUUGCAUUUGGCAUGGAAUUAACAUUAUUGUCACUAUUUAAUCCAUUGGUGCCGUGUUCAAUUCAAACAAAAUGUUGGACCCAACGCAGAUGAGAAGAAUCGGCUUUGUUCGAUGGCCUCUUGCCACAACAGGCACAGAGUUGCAUAAAGUCAAAGAUUGUGAUAAAUGUCUGACUUCACAUCAUUCACAUCUUGGAAAACCCAACAUCAUUCAUGAAUGACCAUGGACCACCUUAGCUGUGUAUGUCCUUUGUACAUAGGUUCGCACUGUCUGAAUUGGUAGACCAAGCUUGUCUCAAUGCUGGGUGGUCUUCAUUCCUGUCUUUGCCUGGCCAUCAUUCAAGCAUUACUCUGUACCAUUAAUGGUCGUGUGCUUUUCAACCUUCAAAAAACCCAUCAUGUAAGCUCUUCUUAGCACCAAAUCCGUGCAUGGCCGGUGAGAAUGCGAACACCCUUUCCGCUCUCCGAUAUUCUGAAAUUAAUGUCUGGCUCCCUGGCUGCUGUAUGAGGUGAAAUCAAAUAAUUCAAUAUGCUAAUGUACCUGGUCUCAUAUGUCUGUUUGGCUCAGUGUUCAAAUAUAUAUCUUUAGUAGGCUCAGUUCACGCUGAGACCUCAAGAACACAGCAAGUGUAAAAAAAACAUUAAGAUUCAGUUAAUUGUGUACAUCCUAACAACCAUUCUGAUGCAUAUCUAUAAUGACUAUCUUAAUAACAUACAGCUUUCAUUAUUUUUUUUCUUUCUGAAGCAGAUGUUUUAUGUUACAUUGCGUAUGCAGUGUGGCUUUGAUUUAGAACAAAGUUAACGCUUCAUUUGUUUUUACAUUUCCAACUCUCCCCCAAAAAAAAGAACUAUUGCUUUUUAGAAUAAGUCAAAUGCAUUUGAUUUUGCUGUUUGUAUGGCCUCGUUGUUACGUUCCCCUCAGCCAGCAAUGAACCAUUGUACAUUUCCUCGAUCACCAUCUGCUUUGAUCAGUCCUUUUCACGCCUCACAUGCUCUUUGUACCCUUCCGUAUCUCUCGAUUCCCUCUCCUCUGACUCUCAAUCUGAAGAAGGGUCUGGACCUGAAGCAGCGCCAGAGAUGCUGCCUGACCCGCCGAGAUGCUCCAGCAUUUUGUGUCCAUCUUUGGUGUAAACCGGCAUCUGCAGUCCCUUCCUAUGCAUUAUUUUCCCCCCUUUGCUCUUCAUAGCUUGGCAUCUAUAGAUUACAAACUCAAUGUGGCACCUCAUCCAUAGGAAUCAAGAGUCGAGAGUGUUUUACCAUCAGAUGUCCCAGAUAGAACAAUGAAAUGCUUACUUGCAGCAGCACAACUGAACAUGUAAACAACAGAAUAUGUAAAUACGUCAAUAACAUAAAUAUUAACAAUUGACAAUAGACAAUAGGUGCAGGAGUAGGCCAUUCGGCCCUUCGAGCUAGCACCACCAUUCAAUGUGAUCAUGGUUGAUCAUCCCCAAUCAGUACCCCGUUCCUGCCUUCUCCCCAUAUCCCCUGACUCCGCUAUUUUUAAGAGCCUUAGGGAAGGAAGUGGUUUUAUGGGUGACUGUAAUUUUGAUCUCUCAAUGUACAGAUAUUGAAAUACAAUAUUUUUCCAGCAGUCAGCAUUCACAAGAAACUCAAAACUUGGAUGAGUUCCCCUUUUGAUCAUAACAUCAAAUGCUUCUUUCAGCCCUAAUGCCUCUAUGGUCAAUAUUAAGCUAAUUCUAUACAUGUUGCCAAUUCAGUGACGUUCUUGUGGUCUGUAUCAAUAUAUUUCAGACAUUGGUGCAUCCAGCAAUGUUCAGCACAAAAUGACUUUACCUUAUAGAGAGUGUCGAUCACAGAAAUAAAAAGCCGAGAAUGCCCUCGGGGAAAGCUCAGUGCUAAUUAAGUUUAUGCCUGAACUGAAAUGUCACUUGGUAUCAUGACUGUUUUUAUUGUAAUUGUUUAUGAAAUGUUGACUUUCCCCAUAAAUUUCUAAAUCAAUGGGAAAGUUAGGGGCGGCACAGUAACGCAGCGAUAGAGCUGCUGCCUCACAACGCCAGAGACCCCGGUUUAAUCCUGCCCAUGGGUGCUGUCUGUACAGAGUGUAUACGUCCUUCCUUGACCGCGUAGGUUCUCUCCGUGUGCUCCUGUUUCCUCCCCACACUCCAAAGACGUACAGGUUUGUAGGUUAAUUAGUUUUGAUUAAAUUGUAAAUUGUCCCUUGUGUGUAGAACAGUGUCGGUGAUUACUGGCCAGCACGGACUUGGUGGGCUGAAGGGCCUGUUUCUGCGCUGUAUCUCUAAAGUAACGUCUAAAGUCUACUGAUUACAAUUGUUGAUAGCUGUGACAAUUCAUAGCUAAACAUCGAACAUAAUAAAGAUGGUUUGCAACAGUUGAAAACCUCUUUGUGUUUCCUUUCCUUGUACAGAGUUUGUAUGUCCUCCCCGUGACCGCAUGGGUUUUCUCCGAGAUCUUCUUGAUUAGUAAGAGAAUCCGAGGUUAUGAGGAAAAGGCAGGAGAAAGGGGUUAGGAGGGAGAGAUAGAUCAGCCCUGAUUGAACGGCGGAGUAGACUUGAUGGGCCGAAUGGCCUAAUUCUACUCCUAUCACUUAUGAUCUUCGGUUUCCUCCCACACUCCAAAGACGUACAGGUUUGUUGGCUUGGUGUAAGCGUAAAUUGUCCCUAGUGUGAAGGAUAGUGUUAAUGUGUGGGGAUCGCUGGUCAGCGCGGCCUCGGUGGGCUGAAGGGCCUACUUCUGUACUGUAUCUCUAAGCUGAACUAAACCAAACAAUGCUAGAUACAAUGAUAGCAAAAAUAGUAUCUCUGAGACGAUUAACAUUUUUAAACUAAUAUGUCAUGGAUAAAAAAAUGGCGUUUUAUGGUAAUUCUCUUUCUGUCCGUUUCUCUCUUUCAUUCUGUAGUCUAUCCUCCUCUCUGCUCUUUACUCACUCCUGUCUUCCCUGCAUGAUUCUGAAAUAAAUUUGUCCACAGUUUUCUGCAUCUCUCAUUUCAAAGAGAUUCUUGUAAUGAAGAUAGAACAAUAAUAUUGGGAGACUAUUUAAUACAUUGACUGGUCAAAUGAAAUAUUUAUACUACAUAUUCUUUUUUCUGCAUAUAGCAAAUGCCGACCCGAAACAUUGCCUAACCAUUCCCUCCCCAGAUGCUGGAAUAUGGAAUGUGGAAUACUUUAUGGAAUAUGGAAAAUGGAAUAUGCGCAGUGAAAUUCUUUGCUUCCAUACCCAAGGUAUGCGAAUAGUCUCCAUAUAAACAGCGCUGAUAAAGUUCCUGACCCGCUCAGUUCCUCCAGCACUUUGUUUCCGUAUCUCUAAUGUCUAAAGGCUAAAGUUAUGUUCAUUAUUUCUUAACCUAAUUCAUCUGAAAUAUACCUUGCCCCAUGCAUCUGUGGAUAGGGAAAGUAAUGUGAACCAAAUUGAAAUGUCUGCUUCUCCAGAUUACCAACCUGGAGUUGAAGAAAAGCAUGGCAGAAACGCAGUGUUGAUUGUGUUUUUGUUACCUCUGGAGCAUUGUAACAUACGAUGGGAUUGGAACCAUACGAUGGGACCAGACUAAAGUUGAUAGAUUCCAUUGGCAACAAGAAAUGCCGGGGCCGCAGUAGAGAUGCUGCCUCACAAGGCCCGUGACCCAGGUUCAAUCCUAACCUCGGCUGCUGUCUGUGUGGGGUUUGCACGUUCUCCCUGCGACCCUGUGUGUUUCCUCUAGGUGCUCCAGGUUUCCUCCCACAUCCCAAAGACGUGCAGGUUUGUAGGUGAAUUGGCUUCUGUAAAUUGUCCCUAGUGUGUAGGAUGGAACUAGUGUAUGGGUGAUCGCUGGUGGGCAUGGACUCGGCGGGCCGAAUGGCCUGUUUCCACACUGUAUCUCUAAACAUAGAAACAUAGAAACAGAAAUUAGGUGCAGGAGUAGGCCAUUCGGCCCUUUGAGCCUGCACCACCAUUCAAUAUGAUCAUGGCUGAUCAUCCAACUCAGUAUCCCGUACCUGCCUUCUCUCCAUACCCCCUGAUCCCCUUAGCCACAAGGGCCACAUCUAACUCCCUCUUAAAUAUAGCCAAUGAACUGGCCUCAACUACCCUCUGUGGCAGAGAGUUCCAGAGAUUCACCACUCUCUGUGUGAAAAAAGUUCUUCU